AUGGGUAAACUUCAAGAAAUCAGCGAGCAGAUCGAUUUCGCAUCUGAAGAAUUAAAAAUACUUCAAUGGUGGCGAAAAGAGAAGAUAUUCGCUAAAUCUUUGGAGCUCAGCAAAGACCGAAUACGUUAUACAUUCUACGAUGGACCUCCGUUUGCUACAGGUUUACCUCACUAUGGUCAUAUUUUGGCUGGAACUAUUAAAGAUGUUGUUACUCGUUGGGCACAUCAAAACGGAUAUUUUGUUGAGCGUCGCUUUGGUUGGGAUACACAUGGCCUUCCAGUAGAAUACGAAAUCGAUAAAAUACUUGGAAUUAAAGGUCCUCAUGAUGUUUUGAAAUUAGGCAUUGAUAAAUAUAAUGCUGAAUGUCGAAGUAUUGUUAUGCGAUACGCGUCAGAAUGGGAGAAUGCGGUUGAACGUAUGGGACGCUGGAUUGAUUUCCGAAAUGAUUAUAAGACACUUUAUCCAUGGUUCAUGGAAAGUGUUUGGUGGGUGUUUAGUCAGUUAUUCAAAAAAGGACUUGUGUACAGAGGAGUCAAGGUCAUGCCGUUUUCGACAGCUUGUUCUACACCGCUUUCAAAUUUUGAAGCUGGACAAAAUUAUAAAGAUGUUGUUGAUCCUGCAGUGGUCGUUGGUUUCACAAUGGAUGAUGAUUCAUCUAUACAACUAGCUGCAUGGACGACAACACCGUGGACUUUGCCAAGUAAUUUAUGUGUAGCUGUUCAUCCAGAUCUUAUUUAUAUCACAGUUCAGGAUAAAAAAACUGAAAAGAAAUAUAUCUUAAUGGAAGAGAGAAUAUCCGAACUGUACAAAGAUGUCGAGGAUUACGAGAUUGUUGAUCGAUUCAAGGGAAAAGUUUUAGAAGGUAAAACCUACCAGCCACUUUUUCCGUAUUUCUCCGAAAUGAAAAAUAAAUAUGGUGCAUUUCGGGUUCUUGUUGCUACAUAUAUCACUACUGACCAAGGUACUGGUGUGGUCCAUCAAGCUCCCUAUUUUGGAGAGAUUGAUUUCCAAACAUGUUUGGAUAACGGUGUCAUAACUCGUGAUAUGAAACCGAUCUGUCCAGUUGAUGAGUGUGGUCGAUUUAGAGAUGAAAUCAUUGAUUUCCGCGGUCAAUAUGUGAAAGAUGCAGACAAAAAUAUUUGCAAAUACUUAAAGCAGCAUGGAAAUCUUGUCAAAUUGAGUGAAGUGAAGCACAAUUAUCCUUUUUGUUGGCGAUCCGAUACACCACUGCUGUAUAUGGCGGUACCAUCCUGGUUCAUUCGCGUUGAAGAAAUCGUGCCAAAAUUGCUAACCAAUAAUGACAAAACUUACUGGGUUCCGUCUUUUGUGAAGGAGAAGAGAUUUGGAAAUUGGUUAAAAGAUGCUCGAGACUGGACAGUUUCAAGAAAUCGAUUUUGGGGCACUCCAAUAAAUUUAUGGGUUAGUGAUGAUUUGGAGGAAAUCAUUGCGCCAGCUUCAAUUGCUGAGCUAGAAAGAUUGUCGGGACAAAAAGUAACCGAUCUGCACAGAGAAAAUGUCGAUCACAUUACAAUACCAUCAUCCACUGGUCGUGGAGUGUUGCAUCGGGUUAGCGAAGUUUUCGAUUGCUGGUUCGAGUCUGGUUCAAUGCCUUACGCUCAAAAUCAUUACCCAUUCGAAAGAAAGAAUGAUUUCGAAAAUAAUUUUCCAGCUGAUUUUAUUGCCGAAGGCAUCGAUCAAACACGAGGUUGGUUUUAUACCCUUAUGGUUCUCUCAACGGCGCUGUUUGAUCGACCACCAUUCAAGAAUCUUAUUUGCAAUGGUCUCGUACUUGCUGCUGAUGGCUCAAAAAUGUCGAAGCGAAAGAAAAAUUAUCCGGAUCCUUUGAAGAUUGUUGAAAAAUAUGGUGCUGAUGCUUUGAGAGUUUAUUUGAUCAAUUCACCUGUUGUUCGUGGCGAAAAUUUGCGUUUUCGAGAGGAAGGUGUUAGAGACGUAUUGAAAGAUGUAUUAUUACCAUGGUACAAUGCAUACAGAUUUUUCGUCCAGAAUGUGAAAGUUUACGAAUAUACUAUUAAUGAAGAAUUUACAUUACUGGACGCUAAAUCGAUUAAUGUAAUGGAUAAAUGGAUUAUGUCGUUUACAAAUAGCUUGCUAAAUUUUGUUAGAAAUGAAAUGAGUGCAUAUCGACUUUAUGCAGUUGUCACGCCACUAACAAAAUACUUCGACUCUUUAACAAAUUGUUAUAUACGCUUAAACAGGAAAAGGAUGAAAGGUGAAGAUGGCCCAAAAGAAUGUGCUCACAGCCUCUCGACAUUAGGAAAUGUUCUCCUGCUGAUUGUCCGACUUAUGGCACCAUUUACACCUUUUUUUUGUGAACAUAUGUGGCAUAAUUUACGGCAUAUUUCUUUAUCAUCUAGUGAAUCUGUACAUUUUGAAAUGAUUCCACAAGCAUUAAGUGAGUUAAUAGACAAAUCAGUGGAGAAAAGAGUUGCAAGAAUGAGAGCAGUUAUUGAUCUUGUCCGCGUUUUGCGGGAAAGAAAGGGUAUACCAGUCAAGUAUCCGCUGAAAGAAAUGAUCGUAAUCAAUCGUGAAAAGCAGUUCUUAGAUGACAUUCUCUCAAUGCAAAAUUAUAUUGUAGCAGAAGUUAACGUAAGGAUGCUGAUUGUUUCACACAAUAAAGAGAAAUACGGUGUUCAUCUGAAAGCGGAACCAAAUUUUCGCCUACUUGGUACCAGAUUGAAAGGCGAUCAAAAGAAAGUUGUUGAUUAUCUGAAGAAUCAUGUUACGGAAAAUGAAUUGGAGCAGCUUGCGGAACAGGGCACAUUGAAUAUAUUGGGUUAUGAAUUAACUGAUGAAGAAGUGAGCUUAUCUUAUGCAUGUUGUGGUAUUCAAACUGCUGGUGAACAAAUGGAAGCGCACUCAGAUGGCCAGACAAUAGUGAUAGUGGAUACUACCGAAGAUGACAUUCUGAAAGACGAAGGCUUUGCACGUGAAGUUAUCAACCGAGUGCAGAAGCUUCGUAAAACUGCCAAAUUGAUGCCAAACGAUAUGGCAGUAACAUACUGCAAAGUAACUCCUCCUAACCAUCGUCUAACUGCAGUAAUUAAAGAUUACAGUGAGUUUAUUGAAAACACAACGGGUACUCCAGUACGUUUAGCCAGUGUACCAAAUGAUGAAAUACCAGUUGCAGUAUCUUGCAGCUCUGUGAAGAAUGCACAAGUAGAGUUACAUCUGGUCUGCUACCGGACAACUUCAUCUGCAGUAACAGUGCAUUAUGGUUCCCGAAAGCACCGUAUAUUGCUAGUAGCAAAUGAUGCAGUCCUAACACAUACUAGGUUACUUUAUGAAGUACGUACCGCAUUUUCCUUAUGGUCCAAGUCAAAUUUAUUGCUUUCCUUAGAGCCACUGCCCGUGGCAGCAUAUAUAUCGUCUAAAUGUAAUUUGCUUGAUCUGGCUAAUAAAGAUAUUCAUGUUAUUAUCCCUUGA